AUGAACCGAUUUGAAACUGUGUCACAAGAGGAAAACAUGGAUUGGUCGAAGAUGGUAAAGAAUAAAAGGAAAAGUUCGGAUAAUGAAGAGAUUAAAAACUAUAAGAAAUCGGGAAAGGAAGUUUCAGAAGUACAUCAUAAGGUAACUAAUUCAGCGGAACCAAUAAAAGUAAAAAAAACCACGUCCCAAAUUAUCAAAAAUUUUCAAGAAGACAAUAAAGGCCCAUUCACAGUAUGGAUUCAAUCUAAGGCAAUUGAGAGCAAUGAGAAAACAUACUAUCCACAAGUAAGCCAAUAUAAAGUAGGUAAACUGUUUUGCAAAAAAUUCAAUAGCAUAGAUUAUGUCUGUAACAAAACUAGAUCUCGGGUAGAAAUUAACUUCAAAAACAUACACGAGGCAAAUCAAUUAUUAGACGACCCAUUAUUAGAAGCAAAUAAAUUGAAAGCUUUCAUCCCGAGCUUUAGAUUAAUAAGAAGAGGCAUCAUUAAAGGCGUAGACGAGGAUAUUUCAGAAGAGGAGAUGCUGGAGGAAAUGGAGUCACAUCAGCGUAUACUGGGAAUAAGAAGACUAAAUAGGAGAAACCGAGAUCCUAACAGACAGGAAAACGACCCGAAAUGGGUACCAAGUAAAUCAGUAAUAAUUACAUUCUCAGGCCAAAACUUGCCCAGUGAAGUACGGCUAUAUAAAAUUAAGAUUGAGGUAGAUCCUUAUAUGACAUUACCCAUUGUCUGCUACAACUGCUUCAAGCUAGGUCAUACAAGUUUGAAUUGCAGAAAUGAGACAAAAUGCAGCAUGUGUGGUGAAAAUAAACACCAAGAGAGUUGCGGAACAAGUUGCCCUAAAUGCUCUAACUGCAAGGGGGAACAUAUCGCCACUGACAGAAAUUGUCCAAUAUACCGGAUGGAAUAUGAAGUCAAAAGACUGAUGGCGUACGAAAAUUUAGCCAUGGGAGAUGCUAGGAAACUAGUUUUUCAUCCCCCCCCAAAGAAAAGGCUUAAACCUGGACCUGAGGAAUUUCCAAAUCUCCUAAGCACAGCAUAUACAACAUACAGUGAAGUAGUUAAAGAUAGAAGGUCUUUACCUACAGUACCCAGGAAACCCCAGGAAAAACCAAACAACUUUUAUAAAGCCCAAAUGGAAAAUUGUGAAAAUUUUAUUGGAAGCCGAGAAUCCAUCAACUCAGCAAAUGGAGUAGCGAUGGGUCAAGGUAGCAGCGGUAAGAAGACUAUCCAAACGAACAAAGAUCAAUCAAACAAGACAAAUAAGUCAGCAAAAACGGAAGACCAUUUACAACUCAUACAAAAUGUCCGUGGCCAGCGAGUCAUCCUCAAGGACUUAUCAAAUAAACCAGAAUACACGAUGAUGAAGAAAGAAGUGCAAGUUAAGGUUACACCUCCAAAUAAUUUCCUAAAGACGAUAAGAACCUACCAAAAAUCAGCAAAAGUAACAGAACUGAAUAACAAUUCGAAAUAA